ACGAAGACCAAUAUAUCAAUUCUGUGUCGACGUCGUGAACCAUACCAGCUGCCAUAUAGUAUACACUGGUAGCGUGGUCAGAUUAGACUCGAGAUGGCUGAGAGGAAAAGUCAAGCCCUUCCGCUAAAGGAAGGAUUCGGAGUGUUUGGUAGCGAAUCUGAGGGCGAAGCGGAGGAAAUACUAAUUGAUUCUACGGCACAGCAUGUGUUGAUGCGGGACGGAUUCGACGUGUUUGGUAGUGAAAGCGAAGACGAAUAUGAGGGAAAUUCUGUAACCACACCACAUGGGAAACAGGGAUUGGACAUCGGGCUUGAAGCUCAGGCAACAACAAGCGUCACCUCAAAUAAAUGUCUGCAAAACACGCCGAUAUAUCUAGCCGAUAUGGAUGCAUGGCAUGACAUAACGUCACAACCACUGCAAACAGGACAUUGCAGUUUCAAAAGGAAUAUAGCAACAAUCGGUGGUGGGCGAGCCUUCUAUGCGGCAGACGAUAUCGCCGCGGGUUCUCUUAUAAUGUCUGAACGGCCCAUCCUCGACUGGAGUGUGUGCAAACCUUAUCAAAGAGGCGGAGAACGAAUGGACGCCGUAGCGGUGCGCGAGUUGUUAACGGGCACCUAUACUCCUUCUGUGGCUGUCGAUGACACAAACAGUCUCAACGAAGCAAUCGAGAAAAAACUGGGGCAGUUGGCAUUGUUAUGCCCUGUGUCCCUGGAGGCGUGCGAUGUCGCCCCUGAGGUAUUGGCUGAAUUCCGAGCCAGCAAUGGGGAGUUGCUAGCAGGUAUACAGAAAAUGGUACGAAACACAUACGAGGACCAAGGCGUGCCUUUGCCCAACUGUGUGCGCAACCUGAUAGACGAUGAGUACCAGUCGAAUGAGGAAGGACUGAACGGUACCGAUGCCUUGACCCGUAUGCUCCUGGCGCUGCAGUUUAACGGCUUUGCGAGUGGACUGUAUCUUCACCUGUCCAUCGUCAACCACUCGUGCAACCCCAACUGUGUAAAGACCUCGGGCCUACAACUCCCUGAGGAUAACGCGUCAGCUUGGGGCUACUCCGAAAUUCGGGCGGCUCGUGAUAUUCGGAAGGGAGAAGAAUUGGUCAUAUCUUACUUGCAACCUCAAGAACAAAGCACACCGCGGCGGCAGAAGCAACUGCGGCACGCCUUUCAUUUCGAGUGCGUGUGCGAUUGGUGUUUGCCGUGCGCAUGUCCUGACGAUUUAGACUACCACACCCUCAUCCAUACUCAAGGUGAUGUGUCAGACAGUGAUAUGCUACAGCUAGAAGACAGCAUAGAACACCUGGAGUCUGAGUACCGCGAGGCGACCAGUCCUGCAGCCAAGCUGGAUAUUGCCGAACAACUUCUGGAGAUCGAAAGCAGCGCAACCUACGAACACUUACCCGAGUACCACAUCGUGCGUGUUCGCUUCGAGAACUUGAGGAGUGAAGUCCUUCAACAAGUAUUGGGCUCUCCAGGCGAUACAAGUCCGCCAGAGUCUCUGAUGUGGUCCCUAGUCAACAAAUUGACGAUACAACGGCUCUAUCUGGCUGAACACGACCAACGACUUGCCGAUACUCUCCUCGCGCUGUCUUCCAGCGCCAACCAACUCCUGGUGUCGCAUCCAGAGGUCGCUACAACCGCGUUCAGGAGCUUGAACAUACCGGAUACACAAGGGAUGAGGUCGUACAUAAGGGCCAUUGACAAAGAGUGGGGUGUUAUAAAUAAGGCCAAUAAGGCGAAUCAGCGAUGCGACCCAAUUGCCGACAAAAAGGUCUUAGCGGCACAACACGUGGACAGGGUUGGGUUCGAUGAAUAA